CGGAAAUCUUCUGGGGAAACUCUGUGACCGCUUUUGGAUAUUACCGAGGCCUGAUAUUGUAUUUAUUUUACGUGUUUAGCUACCGGCUUCCUCGUUUCCAUGGAGAUUGGUACCGAGAUAAGUCGCAAGAUCCGGACUGCCAUUAAAGGAAAACUUCAGGAACUUGGGGCAUAUGUUGACGAGGAGUUACCUGAUUACAUCAUGGUUAUGGUGGCCAAUAAGAAGAGUCAGGAGCAGAUGACUGACGAUCUGUCCCUCUUCCUUGGAAGCAACACAGCCAGAUUCACAACUUGGCUUCAAGGAGUGCUUGAUAAACUUCGCUCAGUGGCCCCAGGACACAACAACAUCAAAGCCUCUGAAGCCAUUAUCUUUGAGAGCAGCUUGCCGCCACUGAAGAGUUUUUCUCAAGGUAGAGAGGAGGUGUUAAGGGACGCUCCAGCUCUUGCAGUCUCCAGUACAAGACAGGAGCGGUACGAUGUUUUGUCCUCCAUAAGCUCACAUGGGCAAAGAACCUCAAGUGCCAGGUUACCAUCUGAUAACACAGCUCGCUUAACCUCUGCAGUAAAACCCCUGCAGGAGUUAUCACCAUCUGAGGCAGUGAUUGACCUGAAACCUGAUAUAGAUGAUUCAUUUGAUGAUGAUGUCAGCUUUGCUAGUGAAAAUGUACUGCUAUCCAGAAUGAGAGCUGCGACAAGUGCUGGUUACAGAACUUCACGUCCUACUGCUGAGCUGUACAGACCUCCCAGAAGUAUUCAGCACAUUUACAAUAGUACUGAGAGCAGCACUAAUUUUCAAAGUCUUUCUCAGGGCAGUGCUGCUCCAGCGAAACCAGUAAAUCUGCCGAGUAGCAGAUCUAUUAAUACCACAAGACUGUAUGAUCCCCAGGGAUUGAACACUUUCUCAGAGACUUACAGAUCAGCACUUCGGUCAGCUUCUAACAGAGCAUCAAGGGAGGAAGACGUUUUGAGAAAAAGAAAAAUUCCAGUAGCCAGUUCCGUGGUCAAAGUUAGACGGUUUGAUAAUGAAGAGGAGGAGGAGGAUGAAGAUGAAGACUAUUUAUCUCGGACUGCAGGAAUCUCCAGCAGCGUGUCUGUGCCAGCCAGACCAGAAAGAAGGCCAUCGCUUCCACCCUCAAAACAGGCAAACAAGAACCUUAUACUUAAAGCCAUAUCUGAAGCGCAGGAAUCUGUGACAAAAACAACUAAUUAUUCUACAGUUCCCCCUCAAAAACAAACUGUACCCGUUGCUCCAAGGACACGUCUGCUCCCGGAGGAGGAGCUGAUUCUGAUGCAGAGCAGAUCUUCCAUACUCAGUUAUCACGCUGAUGUGCAGGAACUGCCAGAGCAAAAACAAGAGAUUGAAGAAGUUGUCAGCCACAGACUGGAUAUACUUUCAAGACUUGAGCCUGAUCUAACAGAAGAUAAUCAGUUUUUAAAUGAAGGUGAAACUGAAUCUAAGAGGCCUGUAGACAGUAGGUCGUUCAUUCUGAAAAGGCCAAAACUGUCAGCUGCACAGAUAAUGCAAAAUAUUGCACCAAUACCAGCACAUGAUGUCCCCUCAGGUCGAUUAAUACAGCCUAGGGAAGUUCCUUCUAUUGAGAAGCCAGCAAGCCCAAAGUUCAUUGUGACCUUGGAUGGGGUACCUAGUCCCCCGGGGUAUGCAUCUGAUCAAGAACCAGAGGAGGAAUCUAUGUGUUUUACUGAAGAAGGGGAAUCUUUUACUGAGCAGUACAGCUCCGUGACAGGUGGCACACAGAAUUAUCAGAUGCAGCUCUUGGAAGAGCCACUUGGAAACGCAGAUGUGUUGAUGGAGAGCGUUCCUACCCAGGAGAAGAUACGUGAGCGCUGCAAGUACUGGCCAGCAUGUAAAAAUGCAGAUAGCUGUGCAUAUCACCAUCCCACUGCUCCCUGCAAAUCUUUUCCAAAAUGCAAGUUUGCCGAUAAGUGUUUCUUCAUCCACCCGAACUGUAAAUAUGAUGCAAAGUGUUCAAAAGCAGACUGCCCUUUUACACAUGCUAGCAGAAGGAUGCCUGCUCCGCCUACAAAGUCAGUACCUGUACAAAUCACACAACCCACGGCUCCACUUUGCCGAUUUUUCCCAGCUUGUAAGAAAACGGAGUGUCCCUUCUACCAUCCAAAGCCCUGUAGGUUCAGCACCCUGUGUAGACGACCAGACUGUAAAUAUUACCAUCCUUCAGUGGCUGUUCCUCCCAGACAUGCAUUAACGUGGACACGGGCACAAGCCAGUGAAUAACAGGAUUGUGCUGAGAGCUACGAUGGAUUUUUUUCCUCCCCCCCCCCCCCCUUUGCUUCGGUUACAGUACUAAAAUUAUCCAUCCUUCACCAGCCCAGACGAACGACUUAUAUGGCCACUUUUUCCCUUUUUUUUGUGUGUGUGUUGUGUUUAUGUUUUAAAGAUUUAUCUAAUUGUGUAAAUAUCAUUUUUUUUAUGCCGCUGAAAUCUCUCCAUUUGUAAGAUCUGCUUUUUCCUAAUUUUAUAAAUUGUGAAAUUUUCAGCUGGAAUAUUCAACUGGUUGUACAGAGUGGUCUUCGCAUUAAAUCUAUUUUUAAACCUU